AUGCAAGCCAAAUUGAUCCUGGAACUCCUCGUUGUCAAUGAGCCACAAGCCAUGGUCCUGCUGAAGUGCUGGGAGGGAUUAGUUAAGGGUGAAAGUGGAAGUCAACAUUUCAAUUUCCGAACCCUAGACGAGCACCUUCCUCAUCGGGUUGUGAAUCUUGGUCAAACAUUCUGGUUCAGAAUCGUCACGUUUGCCAUGGGACUGACAAUCAGCUCAGACGAGGCUGAAAGAGCAAACAACAUCACUGAUCCCGCGUACGCCACUCUAGCCCUGGCAAAUGACUACUUCUCUUGGGAAAAGGAAUACAUCGAAUUCAAGGAAAACUCAACAUCAGAGGAUAUGGCCAAUGCCAUCUGGAUCAUCAUGAAAGAGCAUUCGGUGGAUUUGGAAGAAGCCAAAAACAUCUGCCAGGACAAGAUCCGCGAAUCAUGCAAAGACUAUCUUGGUGCACUGGAAUUCAGCAUCAAUGGCAAUGUCGUCUGGAGUCAAUACACUCACCGCUACAACUUUAACAAGCCGAAAGAGACUGACGAUACUGAUGACGAGGGCGCAAAAUCCGAUGACUCGAAAACGUCCUUGAACGAUAGCACAGAUUCCACCGUCGUCGAUGUCAAGACAACGGCUACUUCGGGUAUGUUAACUUGUGCAGACGAUAUUAUUAUCACUACUACAGCAAAGUCAUUUAUUGGCCCAGUCCUAGACGUUCAAUUGCCAGAACUUCCAGACAAGGUUAUUCUAUCACCAUCCCAAUAUGUCAAGUCACUGCCUUCGAAGAAGGUCCGACAUCAUGCUAUAGACGCCCUGAGUAUCUGGUUCGACGUUCCGGAGGCUGAGCUAUCAGUGAUGAAAGACACCAUUGAUACCUUACACAACUCAUCUUUAAUGUAUGCUGUAUAUCCUAAAAGUGUGAAGUCUCCCGCUGAUCCUUUUCGCAGGCUGGAUGAUAUUGAAGAUGAUUCGCCCCUUCGUCGAGGAUUUCCAAGCACCCACGUGGUAUUUGGUAUUUCACAAACGAUCAACGCAGCCAACUAUCUAUAUGUCAUUGCUUUGGAAAUGGCUCAGAAGCUCAACAGCCCAGCAUGUCUAAAUGUGUUCAUUGAGGAAUUGAAACGCCUACACAUCGGCCAAAGCCUAGAUCUUUACUGGACUGCCAACGUACAAUGUCCAAGCCUUGAGGAGUAUCUCAAAAUGGUUGACCAUAAAACUGGUGGUUUAUUCCAAAUGGUGGCAAAGUUGACGGCACUAAGAUCUCCUGUAGUAAGGAGAGUUCCUGACCUGUUGAAUAUGACUACAUUGUUUGGACGGUAUUUCCAAAUACGUGAUGACUAUCAGAAUCUAAUGUCGGAUGAGGUACAGUUCUCCAAAUAA